AUGGCAUCCAUCUUUGUCCCCGGUAAUACGGCCGUCAUCACCGGCGGUGCAUCUGGCAUCGGGUUGGCCAUCGCCAAGAAGUGCAUCGGUCAUGGAAUGAAGGUUCUCGUAGUUGAUCGAGAUGCCAAACUUCUUCAGGCGACAAAGGAAACCCUCGGGGAGUCCUCCGCCACAUUCGAGUUGGAUGUGAGCCUCCUUCAGGAUUGGGAGAAGCUCAAGACGGAAGUGAAUACGUCCCUUGGAGGACGCAUCGAUCUGUUGGUUCUCAACGCCGGCAUCGGUGGCAAGUCAACAUGGCUGGAAGCAGAGAGCUUCCGCAGGAUCUUGGACACCAACUUAUACGGCGUCAUCAACGGAAUCAGCAGCCUGCUACCCCUCGUCGGCAGUGGACAGUCUUCCAAGUCGGCCAUUGUCAUCACGGGCUCCAAGCAAGGUAUCACAAACCCGCCGGGAAACCCAGCCUACAAUGCCAGCAAGGCGGCUGUCAAGUCCCUAGCAGAGCACCUGUCGUUCGACUUGAGAGAUACGGCCACAUCUGUGCACCUCCUAGUGCCGGGCUGGACGUUCACAGGCCUCGCAGGUGCUGCCCCGGGCAGGGAGAAGCCGGCGGCUGCCUGGACACCGGAGGAAGUGGCCGACUAUAUGGAGAAGAAGAUGACGGAAGGGCUAUUCCACAUUCUCUGCCCCGACAACGAGGUAACCGAAGAGAUGGACCGCAAGAGGAUGAUGUGGAGUGUCGGGGAUAUCGUCGAAGGUCGCCCACCCCUAAGUAGGUGGCGUGAUGACUACAAGGAUAAGGCACAGGCAUGGAUGGCCAAGCAGUAG